AUGAACGCCAUUAGUACGAUAUUUCUUCUUAUCGUAGCAUCGAUUUGUCAUGGAAAACCAAUUUCAAAACGUCAAUGUGUGAAAGAUACAAUUGAUUUUGCAACUAAAGUAGAAAACUCAUCCGUUGUCGUUUAUGGAAAAGCAAACGGAAUAAAAUUAGAAAAAAAUAAUCGACUAAUAUUUAAUGUUACAUUUGAAGUUGAUUGUAUUUUGAAAGGCUCACGUGUACCAAGGUAUAUUACUAUUACACAAGCUGGUAUUAUCGAAAAUAAAACAAGUUGUCAAGUGUUUCCUCUUGAUUGGGGUAACAUAAUUGCUUUUCUUGAACAAGAUUCGUUAAAUGAUUCCACUGUAUUCACUCCAACCGAUUUUACUGAGGUACUUUUCGACGAUGAUUCAACACGUGAUGCAUUAGCUAAUACAUGUAAUCUCAAACAAUUGGUGCCAGUUGAAGAAUCAUCAAAUAGUGAUGCAUGUCCUGCUGUUUCGACUAAUCCUAUAUGUGCUCCAACUACAAACAAAAAUUACAUUGAUCUAAAUGGUGGUUCAGGUUUAUCACCCACCGUUAUUCCAGGUGGAUCACAGCUUAGCAUUGAUAAUAUUCGAAGUAAAUCUUUAUCAACUCAAAUCGAUGUUGAUACAAAAACAAAUGGAGCUAAUUUGAUAAAUAUUAGUAUUCUUCUUCUCUUUUUGUCGAUCUCUUUUGUUCGAUCGAAUUAA